UUAUCAGUGUGAGAUAGUAGAUGCCGAUAAGAUAAGAGAUGUUUUCUCACAGUUGGCAGAUACAGCCCAACGACUCACGAUGUUGGGAACCUGCUCCAAGUGUAAUGUCCCCAUAGGAGCGGUCAGUGGACAGGAUGUGGUCAAGUGUAAUGGGUGCGGGGAUACCGUCCAUUUCCAGUGCUCAGGACUCCACUCGUCCAAGAAACUGUCGCCGAAGAUCAUUUACCAUUGUGAGAAGUGUACGGGUGGCAAAAAAUAAUAUUAUAUAAAUUAAUAUACACAUAAAUAUAUUACACAUAAUUACAUAUAAAUUAAUUGACACGUCUCUUAAACCUUUUUGUAAACACCGUAAAGUUCAAUUUUGUGAAAGUUUAAAUACAGCAUUUUUUUAAUGUUAUUUUUGAAGUUAGAUGAUUAAAGAAUAAAAGUAUUUAUAACAUUUGUUAUUGUUAAUGUCACAAUAAUGGAACACUUCAUUUCGAGAAUCGAAGUCAACCCACUUCUUUAGGUGCCAAACCCUUAAGUUUGUUAAGCAUGCGCGAAAAUAUAAAACUAGACAAUAUGUGGUGACUAAAUUGAAGCCAUAGUUGACAAUCGAACAAGAUGCACAUAGCUUAGCCAUGAUGGGGAGGGUUGAUUCAGUGUGAAUGUUGAGUUUGCUCCAGUUCAUUUUCCUCUUGGUGCAACUUCUGGAAUCUGACGCUGUCACACACUUGAUUCCUGGAGUCAUGUUUAUCUAAAGACAUCUAAAACAUUUCGGCAGUAAAGAAGCUUAACACGAUCUCUUUGCAUAGUUUCGACAUCAGUGUCAACUAGAAUACAAAAUGUAGCGUAAUCUAGUUUACAGACGCUGGGCUAAGUGAAAGGCGAACUGGAGCUGAACAAAACGUUAUCAGUUAUCGGAUCUUUACGAUGUUCACUUCUGCGAUCAUCUUCGGAUUGGCUAUCAUUACUUGUUCACAUGGAAAGACUGUUGACAAAACGCUAGUUGAGGAUUUGUCAGCAAGCAUAUCAGCCUCUAUAAACAAAGACCUGGAGUCAGGAGGGGACGCGGCACUAGGCAGCAAGAGCACCCUGAAGGAGGCGGUGAAGAACGUGAGGCCCCAGUUGGAGCACUUGGCCCAUCUGACGAGUCCUCAGGAGGCCACCGACAUGGUCAUAGGGCGCUUCGCCCUCUCCGCCGAUAGCGGGGAUCUGGCCACAAGGAUGGGCUCGAACAGACGUAGGCACUUGGCUGCACUGAUGAAGAACGCCGUUAUGGGAGCACAGCGCUUUAGAUAUUGAAAACCACUCUUGAUCUCAAUAGGAAAUUAAUCUUAACAUAAUGUGAGUUAUAAAACAUUGCUAACUAAAUAAUCUACGUAGUGGCUUUUAAUCUCCUUGUCAUGCAACUUUCCAAAAAUGGAUUAAUGCAAAGUUCUGUUAUGACAAACUGUGUAUAAGAAAAACGUGUUAUCUCAUUUUGUUAUUGUCACACCAUAAUCUAUUCAUUUCUGACAUAUAAGUGGUUCAUAAAACAUUUUUAUCACACACAUUUUUGUUCUGUGUUAUUCGAAAUAAAAUGUAAUAACUUACUACUCAUAAUUAA